CUCUGAGCUAAGAGCUAGGGGAAGUAAACCAAGCCCCAGAGACCAUUCCAGGAAGCCUGCUGCAGAGAAGAUCGAAGUAGCACCAUGUCUUCCCCCACCCCUGAGGAUAUCCCCCAGGAGCCUGAGCCCUUAACCUCUAAGAAGAAAAAGAAGAAGAGACGGUGGCCACAGCAAGAGGCCAGCAUCCAAGCCCUCACCAGGGCAGGCCAUGGGGCCCUGCUGGCUGGCCAGAGCCACAAGGCCUUGACCAACUUCCAGAGGGCCUUCCUCCUGGCCUCCAAGGUCCCACAAACCAGGGACACCUCUGUGCUCCGGGCCUGUGCCUUCAAUCUGGGGGCUGCCUACGUGGAGACUGGGGACCCAGCCAUAGGUCUCGAACUGCUCCUGCGAGCCCAACCUGAAGAGAAGGCACUGGGCAAGUGUCACGGUGACCAGUGUUUCAAUGUGGCUUUGGCCUACCACGCCCUGGGUGAUCUGCCUCAAGCUCUGGCCUGGUACCACAUGUCUCUGGGCCCCUACCAGCCACUAGGUGACCAGGGGCAAGCCCAGGCAAAAAUGGGAGCCUGUUACCAGGCUCUGGGACAGCCUGAGCCAGCAGCCCACUGCCUGCAGGAAGCAAGCCGGGCCUAUGGCCAAGCAGGGCAGCCCCGGGCUGCAGCCCUGGCCUUGGGGGCUGCGGCAGGAUGCAUGCUGAAGAAUGGGCAGCACGGGGUGCGUGAGGUGGUACAGGUGCUGGAGGAGAGCUGGAGGCUUGCUGAGAGGAGCACUGAGCAGGGACUGCUGGGGCAACUCUAUAACGACCUUGGCCUAGGCUACUCCAAGCUCCAGCUGUUCCCGCUGGCAGCAGAGGCCUUCCUGCAGGCCCUGCCCCUGUGCCAGGGGCUCGGAGAGGAGGCCACGGUGCUAAGAAACCUUGGGAUGGCCCACAAUGCCCUUGGCAACUACCAGGAAGCCCGGGACUUUCACCAGAGGGCUGCCAACCUGCAUGGCUCUGUGGGGCAGCGUUGGGAGCAGGGCCGGAGCUUCGGCAGCCUGGCAUUUGCACUGAGCCAGCUGGGGGACCACGAAGCUGCCAGAGACAACUACCUGCACGCUCUGCAGGCUGCACAGGAUGCUGGUGACGUGAAGGGGCAGUGGCAGGCCUGUGAGGGGCUGGGGGCUGCUGCAGCCAGACUGGGGCAGCACGAUCAGGCCCUGAGGCACUAUAAGGAAGCUCUGGCCCGGUGUCAGAAGGAGCCAGAUCCCGUGCGGGAGCGUUUGGUGGCCAAGCUGGCGGACACCAUGAGGACCCAUGUAGCCCAGCGUGGGCUGGUCCCUACUCACACUCUGAGGUUGGCUCCAGAGAGGCCCCAGGCUCCAGGUGGGGCCUGCUGCACAGUGACUCCAGCCAGGGUGGGAAGGGGCACAGCGCAUGGGCAGCACAGAUCUUCAAAUGGGUGGGAAGAAGAAGAGUUAGAGGGGGUGCACCAGGCAAAAGAGGAAGAGGAGCUGGUGAAGGUUCCCAUGGAGUCCUGGGCACCGAGACUGGAGCGUCCAGGACCCAGGGCCCAUCUUCCAUUUGGAGGCCAAGGGCCCCUCAGAAUGGAGCACCCUGGUAUUCUGGUACCCCAUGGCCCCCAAGCCAACAGCACAGUGAACAACCCUCACCCAGCUCUGGGGGCCCGGGGUGGUCCCUGCCUCCUGCCUGGCCUGACUGUAGGCUUCAGGGAAAGGGAGCGUCCUGCUGAAAGGGGGGAAAUGCAGCUUAAGCCUCCUGCCUCCCACCCUGGAACCCACCAGCAGAGGUCCUCCAAAGAGCCCGGGGAAACCCCCAGCGGGAACUCUCAGAGGAGACCCACCGGGUCUGGGUUCUGCACAGUCACGUGACCCCGCCCUGCUGGCCACAGCCCUGGCCUCUGUGGCAGCUCCUCAACACACACACUUGAGGGUUUCUAGAGACCAGGGCCCUCCCUGGUUGUCCAGUGCUGUGUGGACACGGAACACAAGAUGGUCAUGAAGUGCGCUCCUGAACCGGCUGGACAAGGGCUUUGCUGGACAAGCACUGUGUUUGCUCUUUAGGGUUUUUGGACUGAAUAGGCAAAAAAAAAGAAAAGGAGAUGGUGAAUUUCCCUCUUUUCUGUCUGGGUCAAACUUCGUGACAGCUAUGGCCCUUGCCAGUUCUAAAGCCUAAGACAUCUUGGUCAAGAGGCUUUGGAAAUAAUGUAAAUCAA